AGUUGGGCUCAGUUUCUCGUCUGGUCCCAAACUUGGAUGUCGACCUCUCUGGAGAGUGAUUUCCAAUUAACUUAACGGAACGAGUCCCGCCGGGCUCACUGUUUUCCUCCCUGUAACUUUCCAGCGAAGGCUCCUUGAGGAUGGGCGAUUGGAGUGCUCUUGGUCGUUUGUUGGAUAAGGUCCAGGCCUACUCCACUGCUGGGGGGAAGGUCUGGCUAUCUGUCCUCUUCAUCUUCAGAAUCCUGGUCCUGGGCACAGCAGUAGAAUCUGCCUGGGGAGAUGAGCAGUCUGCCUUCAAAUGUAACACCCAACAGCCUGGUUGCGAGAACGUCUGCUAUGAUAAAUCCUUCCCCAUCUCACACGUCAGAUUCUGGGUCCUCCAGAUCAUCUUCGUAUCAACCCCUACACUACUUUAUCUGGCUCAUGUCUUUUAUCUGAACAGGAAGGAACAGAAACUGAACAGGAAGGAGGAAGUGCUCAAAGUUGUACAAAAUGACGGGGGUGAUGUUGAACUCCCUCUGAAGAAAAUUGAAAUGAAAAAGCUCAAGUAUGGUAUUGAUGAGCAUGGCAAAGUAAAGAUGAAGGGGGCACUGCUCAGAACCUAUAUAGUCAGCAUUUUUUUUAAGUCCAUGUUUGAAGUGGGCUUUCUUGUGAUCCAGUGGUACAUUUAUGGCUUCAGCCUGUCAGCGGUCUAUACAUGUGAGAGGUCUCCGUGCCCACAUAGGGUGGACUGUUUCCUGUCCCGUCCCACAGAAAAGACCGUCUUCAUUAUCUUCAUGCUGGUGGUUUCACUGGUAUCCCUGUUGCUUAACGUCAUCGAACUCUUCUAUGUGUUUUUCAAGAGGAUCAAAGAUCGUGUGAAGGGCCAACAGCAGCCAACUCUCUACCCUAGUGGGGGCACUUUGAGUCCAACCCCCAAGGAACUCUCCACUACCAAGUAUGCUUACUAUAACGGCUGCUCUUCCCCUACUGCCCCACUCUCACCGAUGUCGCCCCCAGGUUACAAGUUAGCCACCGGAGAGAGGGGGACAGGCUCGUGUCGUAAUUUUAACAAACAGGCCCAUGAGCAGAACUGGGCCAACUAUUCCACAGAGCAGAACCGCCUCGGCCAGAUUGGAGGAGGAGGGAGCACUAUUUCAAACUCCCAUGCACAAGCCUUUGACUUCCCCGACGAAACCCACGAGCAUAAGAAACUGUCCUCAUCAGCAGGACACGAGAUGCAACCUCUGGCACUAAUGGACGCCAGGCCCUGCAGCCGGGCUAGUAGCCGGAUGAGCAGCCGAGCUAGGCCAGACGACCUGGAUGUGUAAACCUGGCUGGCGGCCUGAGAAUCAGGAAGCAAUCACUUAGGUUUAAACAGCAGUUGGGGCUAACCUCGGUUACUGUCCAUGUCAUAGAGACUCGUAGUUCAUCAGGAGACAUUAAAACUUGUUACGUAACACUGUCAAAAGGUACACGUUGCAAAUAGUUUUUGAUGACAUACCAUAUGCUUAUGUCACCUAACCUAGCCUUAACAGAGCGCACCCGUAGAAAUGGGUGAAAGGCGGAGGUGAGCCUGAGAUCAGUGGAACACGGUGGUCAAUAUGAUUUACUUGGCUUAACUUUAUAUUUUAUAUGAAAGAAACUGUAGUUAUUGCAUUUUAUACCAGUAGUGACCAAGGUUUGUCAGCCAUGUUUCCACCAUGCAGAACAGCUCAGUUUGAUUCACUGUGGUAUGGUUAAGUACUGUAUAGUAAGCUAUGAUUUUAAUAGGCGGGAUGAUGAUGAUGCCAGGUAAAUAGCAUAAAAAUCAUACCAGCGCAAUGUGACAAAUUCAAACAAGAAUAAGGACUUGAUGGCUCUUAACAUUUUCUGUAACCGAGAAAUACAAACUUUUAAAUCCAUUCGAAUCCACACUAAAAAAAAUGGCAUUUACAAAACAUGCAAUAUCACAAUGCUCUUCCCAUUCUAUUCAUGCUGAAGGUGAAAAUUCUCCAUCAACCAAUCAACACUGCACCAUUAUUUACCACUGUGGUCUGUCCACAAACCUAAUAGUAGUUUUUGGGGGGGCGAUCAAGUGCAUUAGUAUGUUAGCAACAUGACAUCACCAGGAAUUUGGGGCUGCAUGAAAAAAAUAUCAGUUUGGGCCACUCCAGUACUGUAAAAUGAAGUCAGUCCCUGUCAGUCACUGGCCCUUAGAAUCGUCAUGACUUUUCUCCCCCUUACGGUGCCCUGGGUAACAGUAAUUGAGAUCUCAAUAUGACGCACUCCCCCCCCCCCCCCCUCAAAAAAAAAACAAAACAUAAAAAUCUCUUUCUUCAGUUUAACCAUACAAUUGUAAUAUUGGCAUUCCUUACGACUUUGAAAGUGUACCAAACUGAAAAACCUGUUCUGCUUGGUGGACUCACAACGAUAGUGAGUUCUGAAUGUUAUGUUUCACCGUUAUAACAGCCUGACUUCUCAGACGAUUACUUUAUUACUGCUAAUUGAUAAAGCCUCAUUCAGAUAUAAUCAUGUUUUCCAAACAUGAGAUGAUUAAGAGUGGAAAUGUAGACAUUGAAAAAGCCCAAUGUACUGUAAAUGCCCUGUAUUUUCCCAUUAACAGCAAGCAAUCAUAUGACAAAUGUUAGGCACUUGGCUCCUCGUCUGCGCGUAUCUUGGCAAAAAAAUUGCAAAACAGGGUUUUGGGGAAAUUGUUGAAUAUUUAUUGUUUGGGAUCAGAUGGAAACCUACCGCUCAGAUAAAGAAUUGACUACUAUUCAGUAUUUCUUACUCAUAGUCCUCAUUUUACACCAACUUCAUUGGAAUUGGGGUUGUACUUCGAAUCCCCGCAAGCUGUAUAUUUAUUGGCCAUUUCCACAGUUAGUCUGGAUUGUUUUUUUUUGUUUUUUUUUGUCCUGAUAAACUUUGAAUUUAUGUGGUGUUUCAUUCUGUGGAUUUAUCUGUCUUUUCUUAAAGGAAUGAGUGGCAGGAUUGACAGCUCAGGCUGUUGUGACAGCAGUGCUCAUAUGUGAGUUGUAUCGGUUGGUAAAGUCACUGAUUCCUUUUUCAUAUUUUGUGGGAGGUAGGGAGACAUUAGAAAUAUUUUUUUUCUUACAUAUUUGAGUGAAUGAUUUUGUUAGCGUUUUUCGUCUCGCCGUCAGCGUUGCUGCUUGAGGAGUAGUUAGUAGUGUAAAUCAAGCUAACUGUCACAAUGAAAAUGUGAGUUUUUAGAAGACUUGUUAUAGAGCUAGACUAAUAUUUAGUCAGUUAUAUUAAAAUGCAUGUCAAUGUAGCUCCACAACUACAAAACAUUAGAAUCUCAAUUUGUGCUUUACAAAUAAGUCAAUGCAUCAUUCUGUCGGUACUUACAUGUUAUGGAUCUUUCUGCUACAACGGUAUUUGCACUGAGAUCUACUGUAGGUAAAUAUAUGUUAAUAUGAUGCAUCCACAACAUGAGAAGAGUUCACUUUUAUAAAUGUUCCUAAUUUAAUUUAUAAAACAGAAAUCACUACAGUUCAUAAUAUGAGACAUCCGACAUCUAGUUUAUUUGUUCUGGCCAGCUGUUAAUAAUCCACUGACAGAAGAGGAGCAAUAGUCAUUUGUUACAGUAGUUCAGACAAUGCUAGUCCAUGUACAGUAUAAGUGCAUGAUAGCAAAGCAAACACUCAUUCAUUGUAUCUGUGAAAAAUAUUCUAACCAAUAAAUGUUUCUGCAUUCUUAA